UCCAUCGAGUAUUUUUCGGAUGUAUAACAAGGGACCGUGGUCAUGGCGAAUUGCUGCACUAAAAAUGAAAAAACGGAACCUGUGGGUAUCAAACUCGAAGGCAAUAACAUUGAACAAAAUAUUGAAAGUUGGCUCGACGAUCAUCCCGAAUUCGUUCACUCUUAUUUUACGCGUAAAGCAAGCAGGACUCUGAUCGAUUCUUGGCUUCAGUCACGCUCGCUUCGAACACCUACCCCUAGUGGAACACCGCCUCCGUCAGGAUCUUCUACUCCUGUAAGGAAAAUCUCUGCUUCGGAAUUUGAAGGCCGAGGGAUCUUAAAACCCUUAGUGAAUGUCGUCGAUGGGCAAGCAACAUUUUUAUCACCGAGCGAGCCAUCGAGAGCGCGUUCGCCUCAUCGCAAUCGCAAGUCGCGCGUCGAACUACUACAACUGGACGAGACAGAGCUCCUAAUGGAACUCGUCAAAGAUAUCGCUAGCGAUUUGGAUGUAAAAUGUCUCUGUCAUAAAAUCCUACAAAAUGUUAGUAUUCUUGUCAAUGGAGAUCGCUGCUCGCUUUUUCUUCUUCAAGGCCCGAAAGAUGGGCCUCGCUAUCUGGUCUCUAAAGUGUUCGAUGUGAAUGCGGAGUCAAAACUUGAGGACAUGCAAGGAUUGGAGGAAAUUAGGAUUCCCCUCGGCACAGGAAUCGUAGGAUACACGGCAGAUACAGGAGAAGUUGUGAACAUUGCCAACGCAUAUGAGGAUUCAAGAUUUAACCAGGAAAUUGACAAAAAAACUGGUUACCACACAAGAAGUAUUCUUUGUAUGCCAAUCAGAGAUCACUACCAUGGAGAGAUUAUUGGUGUUGCUCAAGUUAUAAAUAAAAGAGGAUUCUUAGAUCACACUUUCACCAGGGAAGAUGAAAAGAUAUUUAGCAAAUACUUGGUCUUCUGUGGAAUUGGAAUUACAAAUGCAGAACUCUAUGAGAGAGCACAACUUGAAAUUAGAAGAAACCAGGUUUUACUGGAUUUAGCUAGAACAAUUUUUGAAGAACAGAGCACACUUCACAACAUUGUACAGAAAAUUAUGAUGAUCACACAGACUUUACUUCAAUGUGAAAGAUGUUCAGUUCUCUUGGUGGAUCCUACAUCAAAGACACUAUUUUCUCAAGCUUUUGAUUUGGAAGCCAGAGACUACUUAAAUGAAGAUGAUCAGACUGUGGUGAAACACAGAUCAUGUAGCAAAACCGAAGUCCGAUUUCCUAUCAAUAUAGGAAUUACAGGUCAUGUUGCAACUACUGGCGAGACGUUGAAUAUUCCUAAUGCAUAUCAAGAUGAGAGAUUUGAUCCAGCUGUUGACCAAGCUUCAGGAUUUGUAACCCAAACAAUUCUAUGUAUGCCCAUCAAGAACAGCAGCGAAGAAAUUAUUGGUGUUGUUCAACUCUUGAACAAACUUGAUGGCACAGCUUUCAACAAAAAUGAUGAAAAUCUCUUUGAGGCUUUUGCAAUAUUUUGUGGCAUGGCAAUCCAGAAUACUGUUAUGUAUGAGAAUGUCAACAAGGCUAUGGCAAAACAGAAAGUUGCACUGGAGGUUCUUUCUUACCAUGCUGCUGCCCCUUUGGAGGAAGCUAACAAACUAAAGUCUGUUCCUAUACCAUCAAUCAAAACCCUUAAACUGUUGGAGUUUACUUUUGAUGACGAGUUGGUCAGUGAUCAAGAUACCCUUUUGGGUACACUUGCAAUGGUGAUGGACUUGAAGUUACACGAGCAUUUCAAUGUGGAGUACCAGGUUCUCUGUCGCUGGAUCCUAACAGUGAAGAAAAACUAUCGGCCUGUGAUGUACCACAACUGGAGGCAUGCAUUCAAUGUAGCUCAGACAAUGUUCACCAUUCUUAAGGUUGAUGAAUUUGGGAAGUUAUUUACACCAGAAGAGAAAUUUGCUCUACUGGUUGCUUGUCUGUCACAUGAUCUUGAUCACAGGGGAACCAACAAUUCAUUUCAAAUAAAGAGUGCCUCGGCAUUAGCACAACUGUAUAGCACGUCAACUAUGGAGCAUCAUCACUUUGACCAAUGUAUUAUGAUCAUCAACAGCCAGGGAAAUGAAAUUUUUGGAUCUCUCUCAGCUGAGGACUAUAACAAAGUGAUAAAACUUGUAGAACAAGCAAUCAUUGCAACUGAUCUAGCCUUGUAUUUCCAGAAACGGGCUGAAUUUUUCAAGAAAGCUGAAGCUGGAUGUGAAGAUUGGUCAUCUAAUGAAAACAGGGAACUUUUGAGAGCCAUGAUGAUGACAGCUUGUGAUCUUUCAGCCAUCACGAAACCUUGGCCUGUACAAAGAAGGACUGCACUUCUUGUAGCUGAGGAAUUCUUUCAGCAAGGUGACCUUGAACAACAAGAGUUAAAAUCCACACCCAUGGCAAUGAUGGACAGGGCAAAGAAAGAUGAACUUCCACAAAUGCAAGUUGGUUUUAUAGAUUCUGUCUGUCUACCUCUGUAUAAGGCUUUUACACAAAUGAGUCCAAAGCUAGCACCACUGAAAGAAGGCUGUAGAGAAAACAAAUUACAAUGGCAGAAACUAGCUGAUGAUUACAAGGCACAGCCUUAGCUGAGCUGUGAGCUUGCAUGAUCUUUGUAAUACAUACCUCCAGAUAAGAGGAAAUCAAACAGAAAAGUAUGCUAUCUCAUGGGAUGACGAAUAGUAUAUCAAAAGCGUUAAAAUAGCAAUCUUGUAAAUAGACAUCAUAUGAAUUUAAUUUUUCUAGUAAAUGGAUAGUAAGAUCAUUGCCAUUCGGUGUUUGUAUAAAUAUUAUUGUACAUGGUCAAGUAAAACUAUACCAGUGUCUGUUAUAUUUUCUCUAUUCACAGUAUCCAAGAAAUGAGAUCAAAUUAAAGUCUUUACUGGUUACUAUCAACAGGCUUAACAAGAGCUUGUACUACAGAGAAUGGGUUCAGCCUAGGGGUAACAUUUGAUCGGGUGGUCUGAUUGUCUGUGUGAGAAUAGUCAUAGCAAGAACUGAUGUUCUUGAUAGUGGGUGAAGUGUCGAAAGCCUGAGAAGUCGCCUCAUGACUGUAAUGAUGACUUGUUGUUCAGGUUUUUAAAAAAGUCUUUCCCCAUCUCAGUAGAUACCUCAAGCAAACCAUGACAGUGACAGCCACAAGGAUGUGGCAAAACAAAAAGAUUUAAUGGCGUGGGCAGAACAGUAGCUUAGCAUGGGCAUUUUUGACUGUCUACAUUUUUUUAGCCAUCCCCUGCUUAUAAUUAACAAUGACAUGAAAUUGCCGAAGUUGAUGUUGUCUGAGAACAGAAACCCCACCACUAAAUCAUUUAAGUUUCCAUUUGGAACUCAAUGUUUCUCCUUUACAUUAUGCUGAAGUUGAGGAGUGGCAGCAUAUAAGAGGUGAUAAACACAUCCAGCCAUUAAUAUUCUUGAAAUUCUACUAAAAAAUAUUGAUGUCUUCCUGGGCGUUGCCAUCCUGACUGCUUAAGGUUGCCAAUGACAGUCUUUUUGCAGUACUUUUCUCACUUGGACAAGUAGACCACAUGAUCAACCGAGAGAAGAUCUCCUCAGAAGGUAUCAUUAUUUUGGCACUAAUUGAAUUAGAACUACCAGAGCCACUAAGUAUCUUUGAACUAGACAGCAAAGUGUUUGUUGGUGUACUGGAAGAAUGGUGGCUUUAAUUAUAUAUAGCCAAAUAAGAAAUGAAAGAGGACUUCUUUUCUGUCCUUCUAGUAAUGGAACCAUUAUUUUCAAGCCAGUAUAAACUAAAAUCAAUUAUAUAUUUUUCCCCCACUUGAAAUUUCAGUCAAAGCCAUAUCAUGUUGAUCCUCAUUAUGCAGUGAAACUACACUUCAUGAUCACUCUCAACCUAUAACGUGGAUUAAGUGAACUGGGAAAAUUUAACCUCGUGAUAACCUCACGAAACCCAUUGUGUUUGCUGUCUCUAUACUUCUAAUGGCAGCUAAAUGUGCACUGGUCUUUCUUUUUUUCUUUCUGUUUUCUUUCUGUUUUCAUUUAACAAUAAUGCCUUACUUUGAGAUGUUAGACUAGUGCCCUAUUCACUCCAGCAACACAUCUAUAGUUUAACCUGGUUUGACAGAAAAAAAAACCAUUAAUAGAAAACUUAUAGACUAUAUCUUACAAAGGGUUCAAGUAAUAAGGAACUUCUACUUUCAUUCUUCUAUUUUCAAAUCUGAAGCCGGCAUCAUUAGUUUAAACAACUUUAAUGACAAUAACAGUUUCUGUGUUGGACAGAACAGCUGUAAAAUGUACACGUUUUAGUUAAGGAGUGAAUAGGGUUUAGGAUUUCACCUUACCCUUUCACUUUCUUGAUCUUAAAUCUAAUUUUUUCCAGCUGGAGAGUGUCACUGCAUAUCUUCUACUCUUUUGGAGGAACAAACUCAACUUUAAAAAUUUUCUUCCUGAAUCUCUGUUGUGCCUUUUAAACAAAGAACUUUACUGAGGUUGAAUGUUCCCUUCUUAUAAAGGCCCAAGGUAAUAUGUGUGUCAGAAAUUAAUCAUGAAAUAGGUUCCUCUAACUAAUGACAGGAAUGAGAUUGCUUUCACUGCUACCCCUAAGUCUUUAACUGAUCAUUUACCAGACUAUUGAUUCAUGAUUCAUAAACUUAAAUUGAAGAGUAAUAUAUGAACCUGUAAAGAAAUUUAUUAUUUAAUGGAGGGUCCAAAGGGGUAACUACUUGAUAUAAUUGAAGAGUCAAACACUAUCUUAAUGUGGUAAAAUUCACCUUUCAUCUUGUCAACAUUUUGUAGCUCAGGGAGAGACACUUAAAUCUGUGCCCCAAGUCUGGUAACACAUAAGACUGAAAUGGGCAGUAUUGUCACAAAAUGAUAAUUAUAAUUUAAAGAAAUGCUAAACUUUAAAACUGGACAAGUCAAACUCUGAAUAAAUAAUUUGUUGGCCUUUCUUAUUAACUUUUCCAAGGAUUGUUACCGGUUGACAUGGUGAUGUAAGAAAAUUGUCAACUUGGGUUAGUAAAACACAAAAUUGCCAGAAAACAGCUGACUUGAAGCUGCACUUUUGUAGUAAAUUAUUAUUCCACUGCUAAGUCAAGCCUUCUAGCUCUUAAUAUCUUAAGCUCAUUUUGCUUCAGUAUGUUACUUUUUUGAACUUUUUGUCGGCACUGACAUGUUCACAAGCAAUGGUACUGGUAUAAAUGCUUUUAGCCUUUUUAUUAUGUUUCACUUGGAGUACUUUUUAUUUGCAUAUUUUUUUAUCCACAUUAUAUUAUACAUGGUUGAAAGUCAGAGGUAACUUCAAUUAAUCUAAUGACUCCAAAUAAUUUAUUCUUUCCGAGAUGAAUCAUGAAUUAAAAGAUCUUGUUGAAACCUG